AUGUCCAACUACGCUUCGACAUCGACCUGGGGCCACACUACCUACCCUGCCUACCCCAGCUACCCCACCCACACCUAUUACGACCACCCGGAUGUCGAAGCCGGGUCGUCACCCUACGAAGUUUCCGCCGUCCGCUCGACCCUCCCCGGGGCCACACCACCGCCAAGCCCCAUCCAGGAUCGCCACCAUCCUCUCCCAGACCUCCCCUGCCGCACCAUCGACUCCACCCCGGAGUCGCAAGCACCUCUCCCGCCCUCACUCUCCGAGCAUGAGGUAUACCCAGGUGUGCUCGAAAGCGGCCUCAUAACCGCUAACCACCCCUGCGUCCGCGAUUACCUUGAGAGGUUUGCGCGAUACAUCCAACUCUCGGCUCGUGCGUUUGAGAAGCAGCCGGAGGGCAUGGCGCGGGUCCCCAAAGCCACAAUCGAGGGUGUCAAGCUCAUGCUCGGAAUCAAGCUCAAUGACCUUCAGUGCAGGGCCAUUUAUGCUCUCGGGGCCCUGAAGAUCCUUCCCGUGGGCACCAGGCACGACCAUGCGUGUUUUUGGGGCACGCACAAUCGCAAAUACACGGACGAGGUCAUCCUCAGCGUCCUCCGCAUCCCAAAGCCUGUCAUCUACCACGACAGGCUAUACCUCGGCCUUGCAUGGAACAACUUCAUGCUCAACAGCUUCGCGGAUACGUACUACCCGGAGGUAUGGGGCAAGGAGGAGAAGAAGAAGACGGGCAUGACGCUCCGCAAGCGCAAGGCCGCACCCGCGCCAGCACCAAAGGAGAAGGCCGCGCCCCGAGCUCCCAAGCGGCCACGGACCGAGGUGCGGAAGGCGGUGGCCCCGCCCGGGGAACGCAUGCAGACGCGCAGCCGGGCGCGGGCGACCACCAGUAUGCCGCCCCCGCCCAUCCCGGGGGCCUCGAUGCCCACCGCCGCGACGGCGAUACCCGUCUCCGUCCCGGCGCCCAUGCCCACGCUGAAGGAGGAUGUGGAGGAUAUGGAGGACGUGGCCGUCGACGUGACGGGACCUGUGGCCACAGCAGAGCCGUCCCGCCUCACUACCCCAGCCAUCGCCCCCGCCCCCUCUCCCACUCCCGCCGACGUCGCUGUCCCCACUCCCGCUGAUGUCCCUGUCCCCACUCCCGCCGAUGCGCCUGCUCCCAUUCCCGCUGACGCACCUGCCCCCGCUCCCGCCAACGCGCCUUCCCCCAUUCCCACCGACGCGCCUGCUUCCGCCCCCGCCACCACUCCUGCGCCCGUCCGUCGAUCUUCGCGACAGGCCGCACGUCGCGCUGCGUCCAGCGCCAUCGCGACCCCAGCAGUCGAGGUCGUGGAGACGAAGCCGGCCCGCGCGCGUUCCGGCACAGUAAAAUCGGACGCGUCGACGACCGCGACGGCUGUGAGCCCGAGCGGCAGCGAGGAGACGAUCGUCGAGGUCGCCGUCGAGGGCAAGAAGGGGAGGAGCAAGAGCAAGAGCGUCGAGAAGGACGCUGCGGAGGCCGCCCCGGCGGCGAAGGGGACAAAAAGGAAGGCUGCGCCGAAGAAGGGCGCGGUGAAAGUCCAGGAGGAGGAACCCACUCGUGGGAAGAGGAAGCGCGGGGAUACUGAUACCCCAGUCGAGCCGGCGGAGGAGGAGCCAGUGGAGGACGCCCCGGCGCCGAAGAAACGGGCGCGCAAGGCGCCGCAAAAGCCUGCCGCCGACGAGGUUCCGGCUCCCAAGAAGAGGGCGAGGACUGCGCGUACGCGCAAGUGA